AUGAGGGUGGAAGUGGAACUUGACAGGGUCAAUAACUUGGUGAUUGAGAAGGGGGUGUCAAAUGAAGAAUUUAAUACUAAGAAUUCUCUUAAAGCAAAAUUGGUAGAGAUUCUUCCGAGAGAAGAAAUGUUUUGGCGGGACAAAUCCAAAGAAUUAUGGAUUGAAGCUGGAGAUUCAAAUUCAAAAUUCUUUCAUGCUUCAUUAAAAGCAAAGAGGAACAAAAACAUAAUUAAUCAUUUGACGGAUGAUUCAGGCAGAUUGGUUGGUAAAGCAGAGGAGUUGGAAUGCAUAGCAGUAAAAUAUUUUGAGAAAAUUUUGGGAUCUGCGGUGAGGGAGAGUGAUGAAUCUGUUGGAUAUUUGCUGGAUUUUAUUGACAAGAAGAUUAUGGAGGAGGAUAAUGCUAUACUAAUAUCUCCAAUUACAAAAGAUGAAGUUAAAAAGGCUACAUUUGCAUUACAUCCGCAUAAGGCUCCUGGACUAGAUGGGGUGACCAUGGAAUUUUAUCAAAAGUGUUGGAAGUUCAUGGGUGAGGACAUAUGGUUGGUGGUGGAGGAAUUUCGUAGGAAAGGCAAAUUCGUGAAAAAAGUGAACAACACACUUAUAACUUUGAUCCCAAAAAAGCAAAGUUUUUCGAGCAUUGCUGAUUAUAGGUCUAUAUCUCUGUGUGAUUCGUUAUACAAAAUAAUAUCUAAGGUAAUGGUUAAUAGGCUGAAGCUUGUUUUUGACAAGCUAGUGUCUCCAGAGCAACAUGGAUUUACCCCUGGUAGAGAAAUUGCUGAUAGUAUUAUCACAGUUGCUGAAACCAUGCAUUUGAUGAAAAGGAGCAAGAUGCAGGGGAUGGUGGUCAAAUUAGAUGUUAGUAAGGCGUAUGAUCGGGUGAUUUGUAUUGAUUCAAUUUCCCAUUCUCAAUUUGCUAAUGGCACAAUUAUUUUUGGGGAAGCCACUGAGAAGGAAGCUAAGGUAAUGAAGAUGUUGCUGAAUGAUUAUGAAAAAGGGUCAGGGCAAAGCAUGAACACUGAUAAGUCAAUGAUAUAUUUCUUUAAUACUAAUGUAAGGAUGCAAAAUAAAAUUGGCGAGAUAAUGGGAUUUUCGACUGGCAGUUUUCCUUUGAAGUAUUUAGGGGUGCAACUAGAUCCUGGUAGAUACCAAAAUAGAAUGUCGGAGGAAUUGAUUAAUAAAUGUCAAGAAAAGGCAUCUUCAUGGAAGAACAAAUGGUUAACACAGGCAAGGAGAAUCCAAAUGAUUAAAUGUGUUCUUUCAGCGAUCCCUAUAUAUCAUAUGUCAUGCUUCAGAUUAUCAUAUAAAGCUGCAAAAGACCUAGACAGUUUGCUUAAAAAGUUCUUAUGGGAAGGGGUGCAUGAGAAAAAGAAAAUUCCACUCAUAAAUUGGGAUAUGGUCUGUUUUAUUAAAAUGGAUGGGGGAGCAUGUCUAAGGAAAAUGGAGUUGCACAAUUUGGCUCUAGGUGCUAAGUUAGCAUGGAGGAUGUAUGAGCAGCCUCAAAAAACUUGGUAUAAGAUCAUGACUGCAAAGUAUUUGGACUCAAAUGAAGUAGAUAGGAUUUUUACUAUGGCAAACUCGAUCAAUGGAUCUCCAAUUUGGAAAUUUAUUUGGGAAUUCAGAAAUAUCAUAACAAAGCAUUUAACUUGGAAAAUUGGCAAUGGUGGAAAGGCAAAAUUUUGGAGAGAUUCUUGGAAUGGAGACAUUUCCUUAGCUGAGGAAAUGGAUGAUCCGGUGUGGAUUAAUGAAGUGGAACCACUGGUUGGUCCUUUUGUGGCUGAUUACAUUUUGGAAGGGCAGAAGGAGGCUGAGUGGAUUGAGUGGAAAAUUUGUGCAUCCAAAUCUGAAAAAUAUAAGGUUAAUUUGGGAUACGAGAUUCUUAGAAGCAGAGAACAGAAUGUGGAUUGGCCUUCGGCAUUGUGCUGGCACAAAAUGGUAUUGCCUAAGGCAGGGGCAUUCCUUUGGACAACAUUGCAUGGUCGUAUGCUAACAGGGGAAAUGUUGAAACUAAUUGGAAUUGCAGGUCCAAGUGAGAGAAAUCAAAGGGUGUUCAACGAGGAAGCUCUGUCUUUUGAGCUUCUAAUCCCAAAAAUCAAAGUAGCCAUUGAAGAAGUUAUAAACGUCAAAGUAGUGGGAAGGAUGUAUUGUACUUAUUCUUCCUGGGACAAAGAAAUGGAAAGGCUGUGGAAUUUGAUGAAGAACAGCGGUUACAAGUUUGGCGACAAGAAGCAGAACAAAGGAAGUAUAGUUUGGACUCCUCCCUUAGCUGAAAGCUUGAAGGUUAACUUUGACGGGGCUAGCCGCAACAAUCCUAGUAAAUCGGGCUAUGGUGCCAUUAUAAGGAACGAAUUUGGUAAUUUUGUUGGUGCAAAUUUCGGUCCCUUAGGAAUCACUACAAACAAUAUGGCAGAAAUUGCAGGGUUGUUAGCUGGAUUGGAAUGGAGUGUUGGCCGAGGAUUUCAAUCCAUAGAAGUAGAAGGCGACUCUCAAAUUGUCUUGAAUGGGAUAAUCAAAUAG